UGUUCACAUUCUUAGAAUCAAAAUGCGUUUGACAAUCUUAUGUAUUUUCUGCCUGGCAACUGUGAUCCUGGCUAUCGACAUGGACUCGGAAUCCCUACAGGAACAGUACGAAAAGGAGCAGUACAAUAUUCGUAAAAAAAUUUGCCUACAAAGUUCUGAAUACGGAAAGUGCAAGGGUCGCCGGAAACUUUGGUUCUACAACCCCAAGAAAUUCAAGUGCCAAGUUUUUAUCUACUCCAAUUGUGGUGGUAAUGGCAACCUUUUCUAUACCCAGGAAAGUUGCAUAGAAUUUUGUGGCAAAUACGAUUGGAAGAAAAUUCGAAAGACAGGUCUUCCACGCUCAGCUGCUUAUAGAAGAAAAGAUGGGAGUUAAAUCAAUAUAUACACUUGAAUAUAACAAAUAAAUAUACAUUGUUUAACAGAAAUUACUAGUUCACAAAUGUGUUGAGUUUCAGAACACAUUUUCAUUAGCUGUAAAGAGUAUAAAUACCCAUUGAAAUACAUUUUAGAAUGCAUUUUGAAAUGAAA